AUGUCUCUGUCGAACCUCAAAGUACUCGUGUGCGGGGCGUCCAUCGCAGGACCCACCACGACCUACUGGCUAGCUCGAGCCGGAGCUAGCGUGACAGUCAUCGAACGAUUCCCUCAACUCCGUACGGCAGGACAUAAUGUCGAUAUUAGACAUCUUGGUCUGAAGGUCAUGCAUCAGAUGAAAGGUAUGGAAGAACAAGUUCUCAAGAAGAAAUUAGAUCUUAGAGGUAUAUCUUUGGUGAAUCCUACGAAUGGAGGAACCUUUGGUGUUUUAGGAGGAAAUAACGAUAACAAAGAGAAGAAGAAUAAUAAUAAUGAUGGACAAUCUUUAUUAUCGGAAUAUGAGAUUUAUCGUGGUGAUUUAUCUGAAAUCAUUGUUGAUCUAUCCAUCAACCUUCCUAAUCCCAGAAUUCCCAUAAACUAUGUAUUUGGAGAAGAAAUAUCAUCAAUCACUCCUACGAGUACUGGAUAUAAUGGCGAUUGUGAUGGGCAAGUGGAAGUUGGAUUUAUGAAUGGACAACUACCAACUGGAACAUAUGAUUUAGUGGUAGAUUGCGGAGGGUCUAUGUCCCGUGCUCGAGGUAUAGGAAUGGGGUCUGAUUUCUCGCCGAAAGAUCACUUGAACCCAGUUAAUUCCUGGACAGCCAACUUCUCUAUACCCAAGGGACCCGAGGACAAUACAAAUACUAAUUUGGCAUUAGCCCAUUCUGCUCCUGGUGGACGGGUGAUAUUUUUAGAUAAUACUCAAAAGGAACGCACGAAAGUCGUAGCUACCAAACAGACUACAUCUUCGAAGGAACUUGAAGAUUUUAGACAAGCUCUGAAAGCUGGUGAAUCACAAUUGAAGAGAUAUGUACAUGAUAUAUUCGGAGGAUCUGGUUGGAGGACCGAAGAGAUCUUAAGAGGAAUGAUGAAUUCUCGAUCUAAUGAUUUCUAUGCUGGAGAAUGGGUACAAGUCAAACUUCCUCGACUAUAUUCCUCUGAAGGGAACUUCGUAUUAGUCGGAGAUGCAGGUUAUGCACCUGGUCCUACUGGAGCGGGAACUUCGCUCGCUCUGACUGGAGGAUAUAUAUUAGCUGGAGAAUUGAUGAGCGCUCAAAAAGAGGGAAAAGGGAUCAGAGCAGGUUUAGAAGCGUAUAAUGAUCGGAUGAGACCUAUAAUCGAUGAUUUGCAGAAUUUACCUCCUUUCAUCAAGACUGCUAUGGCCCCUCAGACGGCUUGGGCAAUAUGGAUUAGAAAUAGGAUGUUUUCGUUCAUCGUCCGGAGCAGGGUGUUGGAAGUUAUGGGGAAAUACGUCGCUCCUGCUUUUGAGAGCGGAGAGAAAUAUAAGUUACCGCUGUAUGAUUGGAAGGAAUGA